CCCCAGCGCCUGGAGCUGCGUUACCCCCGUUCCCGGGGGGCCCUGUUCCGUGAACUGGGGGCUCUGUCCCUGCGCCCCCCCGACCUGCUGCUGCUGGACGGGCUCGAGUGGUACCUGGGGGAGUCCCUGGCGAGCUGCGCCCGCCUGGCCGCGCUGCUGCUGGAGACCACCCGCUCCCCCGGCCCCCGGGGCCACCCCCGGCCCCCCUCCCAGGUGGUGGCGGCGCUGCGCCUGCCCCCCGCCGCCCCCCACGUGCUGCCCACCCUGCGCAGGUUCUUCCCCGCCCGCUGCCACCUGAGCCCCCGGCCCGGGGGGCUCGUGGGGGUCCGGCUGAGCCGCCCCGGGGGGCCCCCCCGGCGCUGGAGGCUCCGCUUGGACCCCCACGGGGAGGGAGAGGGGGGCGAGGAGGAGCAGGAGGAAGAGGAGGAGGAGGAGGAGGAGGAGGAGGAGGAGGAGGAGGGGGGCAGUGACACGGAGGAGGAGUGGGGAUGACCCCCCCGGUGGGUGACAAGGACUUGAUGUCACCCCCAAAAUGGGUGACGUGGACCUGAUGUCACCCCCCCCGCAGGUGACGGCAAACCCAACGUCACCCUGUCCCUGGAUGUUUUGGGGUGGCCCUGCCACCGUCCCCCGUGACGUGGGGACACAGGCAGUGACAGGGCUCCAGGUGUCCACCGGGCCCCCCCAGUGCCAUCUGGGGGCUCCUGAUAAGGGUUAUCAGCCCCCCCACACCCAGCCCUGAGCACCCGCCACCCCCCAGGGCCCCACGUGUCCCCAAGUGCUGCUCCAAGCGCUCCCAGUUCCUCCCAGUGUCUCCCCAGUGCCCCCCAGUGCUCUCCCUAUUACCCUCUGGUGUCCCCCAGUGCCCUCCCAGUUACCUCCUGGUAUCUCCCACUGUCCCAGUACCCCCAGUGUCCCCAGUCACCCACCCCAGCGCUCCCAGUUCCCCCCAGCGGGAGGGGCCAGCUGUCGUUUAUUGUGUAUUUACUGUACAUUUAUUGUCCAUUUCCAGUAUAAAAACAUUAAAAACCCAAAGCACAGGAAA